GAACGCCAGUGGGCGAUAGGAUUUUGUUUCAGGUUUCAAUCUAUGGCAGUAUGGAUCGAGUGAGUAAAUACCAAAUCUUGAAAAUGCCUAGAAAUUAUAAGCUGUCUCGAUACUUUUCUGGGUUUACAGCCAAGCCAAUAAUUUACUACUUUCUACAUCCCUCCAAGAAUAUGAUGUCUCGUCCGUGACUUUCAUGCUGUCAAUCCUCUUACCCCAAUGCCUGUGUAUAUAUAUGUGUAUGUGUAUUUGUAAAUAUCUUUAGUAUAUUAGGUGUGGGUAUGAUUUGUGUUCCAAGGAACACAUCCCAUGCUUACCUUAAACUCCAUUCUUUGACCUCUCAGAUAAGGUUACAGUUAGUUCUUUUCAGGGUAUUUUUCAGAAUUAAAUUCCUUUAAUUCUUUAAAUUGAGUUAAUUUUCAAGAAACUGACUCUGAUUUAUUGUGUCUUAAAAUUUAAUUUAUGAUUUUUAACUUUAGAGAAGGAACCAUUAUUGCCCUUUAAGAGGCUAUGGUGUUUCCCUUUCUCAGUUACAUUCUUUAUUGAUUGAUUGCUAUAUAUUGGACCAUUAGUGGGGUUGGUUUUGUUCUAUUAUACUAAAAAAAAUAUAAAGAUUCAGUCUUUCAAGUUUGGCUGUAUCUUGAUCACUUGAUGAAAAACUGAGUUCUUUUGUUACUAGUUAGUUGUUUUUGUUCUUACUUUUGGGUUUCUGUUGAAUGAGAGAAAUCAUAUCUGCACAGGUCUUUAUUGGUGCUUAUAAGUAGGUUUGUUUUGUUCAGUUCAACAAAAAGGUUCAGUGUUCCAAGUGUUUAAUUUAAUAAAAUCCAUGGAUGAAUCUUGAUAGCAAAUGUUUUCUUGAGGUUCUAUUCAUAUAUAGAUAUAUAUAUAUAUAUAUAUAUUCUACUUUGGGGUUUCCUUUUGAUUGAAAGAGAUCAUUGUUACAAAAAUUAAAGAUGAGGUGUUUGCUGAUGUUGGGAGUGGUUAUGUUUUCGUUUAUGUGUGGAUUUGUUCUGAGUAAAGAAUGUACUAACAUUCCUACUCAGCUGUCAUCUCACACUCUGAGAUAUGAGCUCUUAUCAUCAAAGAAUGAGAGUAGGAGAAAAGAAAUGUUUGGGCACUACCAUUUGACUCCCACCGAUGAUUCGGCCUGGUCUAAUUUGCUUCCGAGGAAGAUGUUGAAGGAGGAAGAUGAAUUUGAUUGGAUGAUGAUGUAUAAGAAGAUAAAGAAGUCUGGUGGGGUUAAGGGAGUUGGCGGUUUUCUGAACGAGGUUUCGCUCAAUGAUGUGAGGCUAGACCCGAAUUCAAUCCAUGGAAGAGCUCAACAAACUAACUUGGAGUACUUGUUGAUGUUGGAUGUUGAUAGACUGGUGUGGAGCUUCAGGAAGACUGCUGGCUUGGAAACUCCUGGUGAGCCAUAUGGAGGAUGGGAGGGAGCAACUGUUGAGCUUCGAGGUCAUUUUGUAGGGCAUUACCUUAGUGCCUCGGCACAAAUGUGGGCUAGUACACACAAUGACACUCUCAAAGAGAAAAUGUCUGCUGUUGUUUCUUCGUUAUCGGCCUGUCAAGAGAAAAUGGGAUCGGGAUAUUUAUCUGCUUUCCCAUCUGAGCUGUUUGACCGCUUUGAAGAUAUAAAGCCUGUAUGGGCACCAUACUAUACGAUUCACAAGGUUUUGGCAGGUCUGUUGGAUCAGUACACACUUGCUGGCAAUUCUCAAGCUUUGAAAAUGACAACCUGGAUGGUUGAUUACUUUUAUAACCGUGUGCAAAAUGUGAUCUCAAAAUAUACGAUUGAAAGACACUGGUUAUCCUUAAAUGAAGAAACUGGCGGUAUGAAUGAUGUUCUUUAUAGGUUGUACAGCAUAACGGCUGAUCCAAAGCACUUAUUGUUGGCUCACCUUUUUGACAAACCAUGUUUUCUGGGUCUGCUGGCAGUUAAGGCUGAUGACUUAUCAGGUUUUCAUACAAACACACACAUCCCAAUUGUCAUUGGAUCUCAAAUGCGUUACGAAAUAACUGGCGAUCCAAUUUAUAAGGAAAUUGGGACUUAUUUUAUGGAUAUUGUCAAUACUUCACACGCCUAUGCAACUGGAGGAACAUCAGUUAGUGAAUUCUGGUCUGAUCCAAAGAGGUUGGCUAGCACACUACAGACCGAGAAUGAAGAGUCCUGUACAACUUAUAACAUGCUGAAGGUCUCUAGAAACCUUUUCAGAUGGACCAAGGAGAUGGCUUACGCUGAUUAUUAUGAGAGAGCCUUAACAAAUGGAGUUCUUAGCAUCCAAAGAGGAACAGACCCUGGAGUCAUGAUUUAUAUGCUUCCGCUACAUCCUGGUGCUUCCAAGGCCAAAAGUUACCAUGGAUGGGGAACAAAAUUCGAUUCUUUCUGGUGCUGCUACGGGACAGGAAUUGAAUCCUUUUCCAAGUUGGGAGAUUCUAUAUACUUUGAAGAGCAAGGAGAAGUUCCAGGAAUCUACAUUAUUCAGUACAUAUCUAGCUCACUUGAUUGGAAAUCUGGUCAGAUUAAACUGAGGCAGAGUGUAGAUCCAGUUGGUUCACAGGAUAAUCGCCUUCGCGUGACAAUUACAAUAACAUCAAAGCAGGUAUAGACUUAAUAAUACGAAAUAAUAAAUAAAUCCAAAGGUAGGAAAA